AUGUGUUCUGCGGUCAUAGCGUCAACACAGCGUCAACACAGCGUCAACACACGCAGAAGUACUACGACCCCUCGUAAUUUGAAGGACAUCUCAACAGAUCCAACAUAUGAGGGCUGUUUCAGGGAGGACCCAUCUCACAGGGAGUUUGUCGUCGCCGGCGGCAACCAUGACUUCAACGAUGUCAACCCUAAACUCUGCAAGGCGCUGUGUAAAUCCAUGGACUAUCCCUACGCUGCGCUGCAGAGGGGCUUCAUGUGCCUGUGCGGGGAAUCCACCGGUGCCCACAGUAACGGGUCCCAGUAUGGCUGUAACCUGAGAUGCGCCGGUAACCCAACUGACUUGUGUGGAGGGUUGGAGUACAGUAGUGUGUACAGUACAGUGACGUCCGUCAAAGGCAUUGCUAUAGUUGAUUCAGGUUACGUCGAAGUUUUCCAGGAGACCGUCAUUGGGACAACUCUAGAAGCUGGAUCUGAUAGCGCUGUGUACAGGUUCGACUUUGGAGAUGACACCGGCAUUGCCAAUGAGACCGUUGGUCCGCAGCCUCAUGUGUUCUCUGAUGUCGGUGUGUACCUGGUCCAAGCUUGGGUGGAGAAUGAUGCAUCGGGGCCUCUUGAGGCUCGUAAGGAGGUCUAUGUUGAGGCACCUAUAUCAGAUCUGUGGGCAGCCUGUCAUCCUUUCGUUGAGGUGGGUUUCCCCUUUGAGUGCACAGGCAGUGCCGGACAGGGUAACAACAUGGAUGUCAACUGGAACUUCAAUGAUGAAUCCGAGGAGGUUCAUAUGAAAGUCGCAGAUGCUCAGCGGUUCUCAGUUGGUAGGCCCAUCCCACGACGCCUAGUCUCCAUUCAGCCGUCAUUAGAUCUCCAAGGUGUGUUUCUGAUACCAGCACUGGAGUUCAGACAGGAGGCUAAGCUGGAAGCUUGGGAGGUCUUUGCUGUCAGAGAAGGCCAAGUCAAACUGCAGGUUUAUCGGCCACUGUGUGGCGAGAAUGAGAAGUACUGUGCCUUCAACAGGACCUGCCUAAACAGAUACUAUCCCUGCCCACCGUACACUGAGACACCGUGCCUCAACCACACUGCAUUCUGCCUGGAGGCCGGCACAUGCCAGCCGUUUCAAACCACCUACUACUUUGCAGAAUCUAACACCACCUACACCCUUGCCCCCUGUCAGAACCAGACACUGGUCACUGCUAAUGCAAACAGAAAUGAAACCAACGGAACAAACUCUUCCGAUAUCCCAGUUCAGAUGUGUAACUACUCGGUUCCCUACGUUAGGGUGCCAGAGCACACCUUUGGCUCGUGCUCUUACCAAGAUGUCCAACGUGAAAUGAAACUGCCGUAUCAGGUAGUUGGGCAGACCGUCGUCUACUUAAAAGAAGGAUAUAACAUUUUCACUGUCAACGCAUCCGAGCGCUAUUCAGUCAGACCCCGUGACUGGGUGGGGUUCGGCCCGUAUCAGCAAGAGUUUCCUGACUACUACCGCAAAGCAGCCUAUCCGCUCAUUGGGGAGAUUGCCCACUAUCCAACAGAUAAUGAGACGGCUUUCUUCAAGGAGCAAGGGCUGUUGUCCUCGGAGAGAGAGGUCAGAAGGGGUGAUGUUGAGAUGUUGGAGGUAGCAUUCUACAUCAGAGCUCACAUCUCAAAAUCUACCACCUCCUGGGUCUCCCACAUCUUCAGUAACUCCGGAAUGUUUGAGAUUAACGCAAAAUACAACAACCGGCUGGGCAGGGAGGUUGGAGCACCUCCCCAGUGGAUUGCAUCACAGUACCGUAUCCUUUCCAUCCAGGGUCUUCACUUCACACGGGAUCUUGGCAUCUACUACGCCUGCACUGAUGCCGCCUACACCAUGCACGUCGAGAUCACCCAAGGUACUUAUGUCAGAUUCAAGUGGACUUUUCCAGACGGAUCAGUCAACACAAGCCUGCCCUUCCUGACCAACGGGGUCCAGGAUGGACCGAACGUCAAAACAGCCGACUCCCAGGGCUAUCUCUUUGCCGAAAUUGGCAAUUACACCACCCAUGUCAAGGCGUACAACAACGUCAGUUUUGUAGACAUUGUCCUAUCCACGAUAGCCAGAUAUCGAAUCACCGGGCUAAAUGGGACGGUUGAGUUGUACCCUGGAGACAACACCACAAAAGACUGGAACUUGAUUCUGUCUGGCUGUUGGUUCAACUACAGCUCCUUCAUUCUGACUGGUAACGUGGUUCAGUAUCGAUGGAACCAUGGAGAUGGGAGCACAACAGGCAGCUGGAGCUUCGACACUGUUCAUGAUCACUACUACGCCAGUCCUGGUGUGUACUCAGUCUACAUUGAGGCCGACAACAUUGCCAGCACAUUAGACCACACCUUCGAGGUGACUGCCGUCAAACCAAACUACGUCCGAGCACCGGCGUACACAACCAGUGAGGUAGCCACCCUGUUUUUCUGUGCGGUCACAUGGCACUCAGGUCAAGGCCUGACAUUCAGCUGGGAUUUUGGUGACGGUGCUUCAACCAUCAUUGAAAACACAGGCUAUGUUUGGCACAACUACUCCACAUUUAGCACCUACCAAGUACAGUGCGUCAUUAGUAACUACCCAGCCGUGUCUGAUACCACACCGAUCAUUGUACAGGAUCCUGUUGAAGGAGUGGUGCUGCAUAACAAGACAGAGGUGCUUGCGACGGGUGAUACCGUGGACUUCACAGUCUCUUGGUCCAGGGGUAAUGACGUUCACUUUGACUGGUACUUUGGCGACAGUGGCCAAGACUCCACCACCACACCGUCAGUGCAGUACACCUACGCAAAGAUCGGCUACUACAAUGUGACCGUUAAUGUCUCCAAUGUAGUGUCUUGGAUGAUAUCAGAGGCUAUCAUCGUCGAACUCCAGGAGCGCGUCACUAACGUCCAAGUGACCGCCAGCGACAACCUCAUCCUUCAUCCCGUGGAGGCGAGCGUGACCACAGACACAGGCAACAAAAUCUGGUAUGACUAUGACUUUGGGGACUCGUUCAAUGCCAUCCGUGUACCAGACACGAGCUGCUCUCAUUCUUACAGCCUUCCUGAUACCUUCACCGUCACCGUCCGAGCGUACAACAAUGUGAGCGACGAGUCAGCAACGACGUCCAUUCAGAUUGACGCCAGCAUUUCCAAUGCCGUCCUGUACCUAACAAGCCCACACAUUCGAGCCAAUGUCUUAGAAGCAACGUGUGUGGCCAACAACGGCAGCAGUGUCACAAUAACAUUUGAUUGGGGUGACGGCACGGUGUCGGAACCAUUUGUUGGGAUCUAUGACGGCGAAGGAUCCUAUUACAUUGGAACCCAUACUUAUUCAACUGAAGGCACGUUCAACAUCACGUGCUACGUUGAGAACCCUUGGGCAGAUGCUGUUGGAUUUCAUGAAGUCAUUGUCCAGGAGGCCAUAGUGGCACUCCGAUUUGAGCCUGAAGUAGCUGUUAAAGGUGAAAUAUUUGAGUUCAUAGUAGCGCCCUUCGUCGGUGACAGCCACGAUGUUCUCUUUUACUGGGAUUACGACGAUGAAUUCAAGUUCAGAACUGAUGCCUUCACUCAUCAGUACGUCUUCCGAGAAGCUGGUCUGUACCAGGUGACGGUGCGCGCCGAGAAUCUUGUCAGCGAGUUUUCCACCACCCAAGACGUCUACGUCCAAGAGCACAUUGAGGGACUGAGACUCCUGGCUGAGGUGUACCCUGUCAUGCCAAGCCAACCCUCCAUCGUCGCCUGGGAGAUUGAGUAUGGGACUGAAGUGCUGUACACUGUGGAUAUGGGUGAUGGUACAGAGCCCCAAGUCUUUGAGCAGAGUAGCGUUGGUAAGAUGUGGUCUCUGGACUACACCUACACCGAACCAGGCUCCUACCUGAUCACCGUCACCGCAUCCAACAAACUGAACUCACUCAACGUAUCGACCAUCGCCUACAUCGAGUACGCCAUCGAAGGCCUCAGGGCAUACACCCGUGGAAACAAAACCACCCACACGGACCAAUCUGCCUACAUCAUCAUCGAGAUCGAGCGGGGUACCAAUGUGGAGUACAUCUGUGACUAUCACGAUGGUUCCCCGCCCAUCGCAACCACCAAGCAGUACUGCAAGCAUAUGUUCAUUGAUCUGGGACACCAUCUUGUGACCGUCUCAGCGAGCAACCAUCUCAGCGCUGCCUCGGUCCAAGCCAACGACACCUACUAUGUCCUUCUCCCACCGAUUCCGCAUGAGAUCAAAGAACUGGCCAUCGGCGCUCCGUCUGCUACCAUACGUGGCCAGAUGACAGUGUUCCGUUUACAGCGCUACCGGGGCAACCGUUUCAAUUGCACCUGGGAUUUUGGCGAUAACUCCACCAUCUUGGACUUGGAUCAAUAUUUUGUGUACAUUCCCAUCAACCACACCUACGACCGGAUAGGAGAAUAUGAGAUACAGCUCAACUGCACCAACUUCUUCCAUCCGUUCGUUUAUGCCUCCUCCAAGAUAGUUGUGCAGGUCCCGCCGAGAGGUCUGAACUUAACCAGCAGGAGGGUCGGCCAGUAUGGGAAGGACCUGGAAGUGAACAUAACCCUGGAGGCCGGAACCGAUGUCGCCGCAAAUGUUGAAUUUAACGAAGGUAGAUAUUCUAUUAUCAUGCAGGAGUUAGAUGGCUAUGUUGCCAUACCGGGAGAGCAUGUCAACGUUUCAGGUUGGUUAGAUGUGAUCAUCACUGCUGAGAAUCUUGUCCCACCGGUACUCACCUUGCAAGACAGGAUUUAUGUAGAGGCUGAGAUUUCAGGCCUGGAGGUGUGGGCCGAGAAGCCGUAUGUAGCCGUUGGGGAAGUUGUUACUUUACACGUGUCUCUAGCCACGGGUACCAACGUUGUCCUGGAAUGGUAUUUUGGAACUAACUACUUACUCACUUCCCAAAUCAAUUCCACAAGAACUAUCCUGACUGACACCAAGCAGCAUUUCUAUCCAUCCUUGGGUCUCUAUGCUGCUUUCAUCAUUGCCACCAAUGAAAUUGGCACUAAGACACACACCCCAGUUCUAAUAGCCGUUCAAGAGAAGGUUCGUGGUUUCAGCAUGACGGCGAUCACCCCAGUUAAGUACCCUGAUGGUCAGAUCACUUUCAAUAUCUUCUGGGACACUCGGAUCCAGAAACUACCGACAAACGCCAGCAUCACUUUUGAGUCUGGCGAGCCGAUGAAUCUUCAAUCCACUGUAGAACUUGGAAGCCUUGAGAUCAUCACCUGGAUCCAGCACAAUCUGACUGUAGGGAGUGACUGCAAUAAUCCAGAUGAGGCAAACAUCAACCCACUCUGCAAUGCCAGCUUCACAAGCACUUAUAUGACCGAUGCUAAAGUGAGAAUUUUCACCAUUGUCCAUGCCUACACUCCAGGGAAAUACUCGGCAAUUGUGUCGGUCCACAAUCUUGCCAGUGAGCAGGUUUUCCCAAAAGAGGUUCAGACCGAAGAGCCCAUCGUCAACUGUAGCAUAACAGUCCAUAACGUUGACAGGCUGAACGUGAAGUUCGGAACGGAAGGCGGUGGCCCGGAGCAGAAUUAUUUCCCUGUGGAAUUUCCCGUUCUUUUCCAAGCCCGUGUGAGCCAAGGGACCGCUGUCAUGUAUUUGUGGCGAUUUGGCGACGGUGCUACCUCAUCAAGCAUGGACACUGAACACCAAUAUGAAAACGCUGGAAGCUUCACUGUCCGCUUGAUCACCAUGAACAUCUUUGGUGUCGAGGAUUCCUUCGAGACAGUUCACAUACAAGAGAGCGUGAUAGGCCUCUUUGCUGCCCACACAGGACCUGUAGCACGCCGCAGACAAAUCACCGUCAUCAUCUUUGCCGCCCAGCCUGGAACCGAUGCAGCCUACGCUCUCCAGAUCAACAAUCAAAGCGAUUCUCACCUGUUAGAUGCACCUGUCAAUGACGCUAUCACUAUCGCAUCGGCGUUAGAAAUUAUGAACCCCAGCAUCUUUCUCCCUUUCGAUCCCUUCACGCAUUUUAUCACCACUUACAACCUCACCUUCAAUCUUUCGGGAAACUAUGAAGUCACAGUAACAGGCACCAACUUUGCCUCUUCUCUCAGCAUCACAACCAUCCUCCCAGUCACUGAAGAUUCUUGUCAACUUCCCCAAGUUCUCAUCCGAGGUGGAAGCAAGAAUGCCUCUGAGCCCUGGCAGGUCAAACGAAACCGACUCAUAACUCUGGUCUCUGAAGUAAAGCUAGACUGUUCGUCCACCACCAGGGCCCUCUUUCACUGGGACACCUACAUCGUGUCCUACUUCAACAACAGACCGCUUCCGGCCAACCAACUCUUUGGCUAUCCUCUACCCGAGACCAUCAAGACCACUGAGGCAGACCUCGUGAUCCCACGUCGUACCUUAGACUACAACACCUACCUGGUCCAGUUGACAGUGACGAUGAACAACAACGCUCGCGUCUUGAAUCAGAACCAGACCUACUUGGAGGUUGUACCAUCUGACCUGGUCGUCAGCAUACUGGGUGGCAGUGCAGUAUCUAUCAGCUGGAAUGAUACCACCAUCUCAUUGGAUGCCUCAAUGUCCUUUGACCCUGAUGACUUGUACAUCUCUGAAAAUGAGACUACUGAAUCUAGCCGGCUGAUGUUCACAUGGUACUGCAAACUAUCGGACGAGGUUUUCAGUUUUGAAGAGGGCUUUGUAGCUCCAGAUCCAAGUGCGUCAGGUUGCUUCGGCAGUGGGCCAGACACAUCUGUAGCCAUGGGAAUCACAUCCUAUAAUGUCCUGUUAGAGACUCUCAUCAGGAGCAGUCAGUAUGUCUUUGCAGUAGUUGGAAGCAAAGAGGGAAGAUCCUCACAGUACUUCUUGCAAACUGUCACCGUUGUUGAAGGAGAACCGCCAAAACUCAAAAUCAGGUGUGUACGCAACUGUGGCACCAAGAUCAACCCCCAGAAGCAGCUGGCCUUGGCAGUGGAGUGCUCUAACUGUGGCAACCAGACCGACGAUCUCCAAUACACCUGGAACGUCACUGGUCUUGAAGAUGGCGCGUCUGAAUCAGGCUUUGAAAUAACCAAAGACACAGUCACAGGAGGCAACAGUCCGUACCUCGUCAUCAAGUCCACCAUCUUUCUUCAACAUCUGUCCGCCAGGUUUUCUGUCACCAUCAGCGUACUCCACUCACUAUCCAGAGAAGCAGGCUACUCGGAGUAUCAUUAUGAAAGCGGCGGCGUCCCAACCCAAGGAGUUUGCAGCAUCUCACCCCGAGAGGGCACAGCACUGAGCACAGAGUUCAUCAUCACGUGCACAGGGUUUGAUUCUGACGAGAAACCUCUCCACUACGAGUACCUGUACAGCACCGGCAGUGAAGACACGGCCAGCGUUGCCGGACCCGAAACCAGCAAUGAGAUGUUCACCUUGCUGUACUACAGUCCCGAGGGGGUGACUGCACCCAUCACGUUACCCAUGGGCAUAGCCAGCAGGUCCUACAUGGUAGAUGUCCAUGUUGAAGUGAUGGACUCGUUGGGCGCCAGCGUACAUGCACAGCUACAAGUCAAGGUGCUACCACCGCCUGAGUCCCAGCUGACAGCCGAGCUGUCUGCCCUCAGACGAGGCAACGCUAGCACCCUGGACCUGUACCUGGAGAAGGCUGACACCCAGUCGGCUACCAAGCUCAUCAAUACCCUCGCCACCAUACUCAAUGAGGAGACAGUACAACCAGAAGACGGUGGAGACAGUGAAGAUACCGGUGGAGAUGCAGAUUGGCUGAUGCAAAAGAAAGAACUGAGGUCCAAAUUAGUGGAGAAACUAACGCAAGUGAGUGUGUUGAAUCUGGAUUCCACCAAGCAGACAUCAGCUGCUAUCACACAGGCCAUCAACAAGCCUAAUGAGGUUACACCAGGCACUCAGAUGCUAGCGGCUGAUUCUUAUUUGGAGAUGGUCGACGUCUUGAAGGAAGAAUCCCGAGAGGGAACCAGCAUUGACGUCAUUGAAGAUGCAUCCAGAUACUUCUACUCAGGAGCUUCGAGCCUGCUAAGGGCUGCAGCUACCCAGGUGCAGUCAUUCUAUGACCUGCUGGACAGCCAUCCAGAUGACUGGGAUGCAUUCUGGACAGCUGAGGGGGCUGCCCUCAGUAACAUCACCUAUCCGGAGAGCGUAGCGCUGACACUGACAACAAGUUCAGAUGCUGUAGUGGAUUUAAGUGUUCCAGAUAUUGAUGUCAUAGAACAGGAGCCGUGGGUGCCAUUCCAGCUCAGAGAGAGUCGCAACGUUACCCAGAAGGUCUUUGCCAUCAUUGAGGAGGUCUCUAACACCAUCCUAAGCAGUAAGGUCCCCGGUGAGCAGGCUACGGUCAUCCAGACUGGCCCCAUGACACUCAUACUGCGCCAGGAGAACCUUAGGGAACCUGGGAUCAGGUUCUUCCAGACAUCGGACGGGACGUGGUUUAAGAUUCCUGGAGAGGCGAUGGAGGAGAUUGCUGGCAUGUACGGGCAGGAGAGCAUUAGUGCUCAGGCUGUUAGUAUGUCCGAGAACCCUUACUCGUGGCAUCUGAGCGCUUCCGACAUCAAGACAUCAGUUAUCGGACUCAGCCUAAAAGAUGACAAUGGUGAUGAGUUGAUAGUCACCGAUCUCUCCUCCAAUAUUGAGAUGCUGAUCCCCCGAGGAGGCGACAGCACCAUCCGCUUUGAGUCCAUGACCGCCUCCUCCACCGAGCGCCUCUAUCUCCACUUCAAUCUCACCGACACUCACAGCUCCCUGCACAUUGACAUUCACCUGGCUGACAAGGCGGGGCAGGACACGCCCACAGACACGCCCCUUGAGGCAGUUCUCCGCUACGGCUUCUACCCGACUCCUGACGAGUACGAUCUCAAGAUGACCUUACCCAUCCCCGACGAAGACUUGUACUCCUCCAGCUACAACACAACGUGGAACAUCACCACAAACCCUUAUACUUGGUUCAUUCCUGAGAACAGGCUCUAUGCCGUCGGGGCUUACUACCUCAGCGUUAGACCCCUCAGUAACCCAGCGGAUCCUGGCUCGGUGUCGGGAGGUGUCAAUGCGACAGGUGGAACGACAACUGAAGAGGUCAAGGUGGAUGUCAACGUUCAGAUAUACUCAGCCAGAUGCAUGUACUGGUCCCCUGUCUAUGAACAAUGGUUCCCACAUGGUUGUGAGGUUGGGUCUCUCACCACGGCAUCCUUCACCCACUGCCUCUGCGAUCAUCUCUCCUCCUUCGGUGGCAGUUUCUUCGUCCCGCCGAACCGUCAGAUAGUUGUCGUUGAGGAGGAGCCGGAGAUUGCGGAAGUCACAAGAACAUUCAUCGUCUUGUACGUCUUGGGAGGAGCCGUGGGAGCAUUCCUCAUUUCGCUGGCAUGUGCGUUCAAAGCUGACUGGAGAUUCUUUAAAAAGUUGUUCAGUGACCUGGAAAUGGAACAGUCUUGUUACAUAGUAACAUUCUUUACCGGGAUGGAUCUCAGCUCUGGAACAACAGCAAAAGUGUGUCUGUGCUUACAUGGUACGUUGGCUACUUCGGAACCCAUGGAGAUGGCCAAUCAAGACAACACUUCCUUCAAAGGCAGUUGCGUGGACUCGUUCCUCGUGACAAUGCCUACCGACGUGGGUAGAGUGGAGGGGAUAACAGUAUGGCACGGUGGCCAGGGAUACAGUCCACAGUGGCACCUGAGCCGAGUUCUGGUGCAAAGUUACGUAACCGGUGACAAAGCUUACUUCCUCUGCAACCACGUCCUAAAGUCUGCCAAUGAUCCAGUCUUCUUCAAAGCGUCAACGCCCAAGCAGCUUGCCAAGCAUCAUCAUCUCUUCAUGACCACACCAAGCUACCGUCCUCUCACAAAACAUAUCUCAGUGUGGAAUAUGGUCAGCAGGCCUGUGAUUUCCCAGGUCACUCACGCCCAGCGAGUGGCCUCUUUCUUCUGUCCCUUGUUCCUGUCCAUGGCAGUUGUGACCUUAGUGAAAGGGUUUCUGGAGCCUGGACAGGAGGAGCCCUCAGAUGGAACCAUCUCCUUGAGUCUAGACAUGACUAGUAUUAUGGCCGGAGUAGCAGCAGGAGUAGUAGUGCUUCUUGUCUAUUAUCUCCUUGUCUUUCUCUUCAAUACCAUCAGACCUCGUCUCAAAGUGAAGAAAGUAGACGAAGCACAAGUGACUGAAGAAUCAUCUCCGAAUGUGGCUGCCAAGGAUGUAAGGAGGAGAACCAAAGGAAGGCAACAGAAGUCGCCAAUGCAGCCAGAGGACAUCAAAGUGGAGGUUUCUGAGACAAAGGAUAAAAGAGUUCAAAAUCUCGGGGCUCUGUCAAUCAAAAAUAAGCGGGACCAAGAAGAAAAGAAAGACACAAAACAAGUCACUUCUGCUCUUGCGGCAUCCGUCGACAUCCCCAAGGUGUUAUCCAAUUCCAGUUGGUCGGAGGACUGGUCGGAUUACAGUGAGAACUUUGAGGAUCCUAGCGAGGAUUUACCUUACAACAUCAAUCAGAAUGCAAAGCGGCACUCGAAUGAGUACCUGAAUGAAGGUGAAUCCCUUGAGGAGAGCAUCAACCAAAAUGCUAAUCCAUCAACGGAGAGCAGUGAAGAUGAUUCAAGUCCUCGUCCUUCAAAUCCUAUGCCCCUCCAGCUUCCUUGUAAAAACAGUAGGGGGCACUUCAGAUGGUCUCUAUCCAGGCAUAGUCACAAAGCCAGCUUAAAGGAUACUGUUGGUGAACCUGAUGCUCAAGAUGGUGUUCAUAGGUUUGACUACGGAGGCGGAAAUGGCAAACAUGUGAUGCAGGAUCUCAACCCGAAUUGGAAUCGGAAUGCUCUAACAGAUGAAGGUCUUUCUGAGCUAGGAGGCAGCAAACAGCAUCCAGGUAAAUCAGGAAGGGUAUCCGUUCUGAAGGAGAGAGAACUUCCAAAGAGUAGCCAGGACAAGAAUGUUAAAGGGAUUUCUCAAAGACAAGAAAAGAGAUGCUUCAGUGGAUGUGGCGAGAGAAACAUUCUGCCAUGGUGGACCUCCAUCAUCCUGUGGAUUGUAAAUUGGAUCUUGAUCGGAGGAUCAGCUGCUUUGACUGCCUUCCUCACCUUAGACUACACAGCUCAGAAGGCCAUCAACUGGCUUCUGCCUGUUGGGAUCGCCUUGGCACAAAACCUGCUGCUUCUGCAACCCAUCCUAGCAUUCCUAAACGCCAUCUUCAGGUCAGUGUUCCUGAAGCCUGACUGCCUCACCCAGGCAUCGAUCUCAUUUGAGUCAACCACCUCGAGCUUUCAACACAAGGCCCCUCCUGACCUAGACACCGAGGCGAAAACUGAAACCAAGUCGUCACGUCUGCUCAGAAACCAUCGUUUGAGAAAACUUCAAACUUCUAUCCGUCCUAAAGCCAGAUUACUGAAAGGUGUCAAGAAGCAUGUUCCCGCGUGGCUGUUCCUUGUUCUAGUUAUCUACCUUGCCCAUGGAAAGAGAACCAUUGAUGAAUUCCAAACGACUUCAACAACAAAAAAUAUGUUUGUUAAAGGAGCAGAGCAUGGGACACCGUCCUUUCAUCAGGUGCACAAGGCAGAUCAGUUCUGGCAGUGGGCCCGGGAGACACUCCUUCCUGGUCUUGAACCUGUCAUGAAUGCGGAGAGGAACCACGAACAUCUGAAGCUGCUUGGCACUCCCCAGCUCCGACAGCUGAGGGUGAACAGAACACUGGCAGACGCAUGUCGAGACACCAUCUCUGGAGACGUCCCACUGAGCUCAUCAACUCCAUGUAGCUCCUCUUACACAUCAGACAUUGAGGACACAGCUCAGUACCUCAGCUCAUGGCAACCUACUGACAACGACGUCUCUCCUGCCCUCCAGCCGGCAGGAUAUCGCUUCUACAACCAAGAGGAGCUGCAGAAUGCUCCCUUUACAGGUAAGUAUGCGACCUAUCAUGGAGGAGGCUAUGCCGCUGAGUUGGCGGGAGGCUAUGCAGAAGCAGUCCAGAUGAUCCAAACUCUAGAAGCCGAGGAGUGGAUCGACGGAUACACCCGAGCAAUAUUUGUGGAGUUUCUUCUCUUCAAUGCCCAGCUUAAUCUGACAAGCGUUGUGAGACUUGUCGCCGAGGUUCUGCCAACCGGAUAUCAGGAGCCAGUGGUUCUUGUUGGAGUAGUCGGUGUCGGAGGGGAUUCAGGCUGGGCUGGCACGGUGUAUAUUGCUUGUAUUGGACUUUUAGGCGUAGCUGUUUAUAGCAUGAUGUUUACGGAAGCUCACUGUAUGCUUAGAUGGGGUAGGACCUACUACACCUCUCUCAGACAUCUUGUGGGCUUGCUCAAUUUCAUCACCGCCGCAGUAGCCGUCGCCAUCUUAGCUUAUCAGUGGAUGGUCUCCGGUGCAGCAACAGUCACCAACCCUUCCUUCGGAGCAUUUAUUGACUCCCAGAGUGUAACGUGCUACGCUUCUUUGUCAAGUGCCCUAGUGGUCUUCACAGCCAUGAUGAAAGUGUUGUUUCAGCUGCAUUGCAACGAGCGGAUGGCGCUCAUUCUCCAAGCCUGCGAAGCAUCCUUCCUGCAGGUUUUAAAGUCCUUGCCAGUAUUUGUAGCCACGGUGAUGGCUUUUGUGUUCUCUGGAUGGGCCCUGUAUAGCGGACACAUUAAGAGCUUUCAUAGUUUACCCGGGAGUGCUGUGGGUCUCAUCAAUUUCUAUCUGGGAGGGCUAUCCAUAGAAGCCAACCAACAGAAGACACUACCUGUCUUUUUGAUUAUGCUUGUCACCUUUGUCGGGUUCAUCGGGCUACUGACUUUCACUGUCGUCAUCCUACAGACGUACAAGUCAGCUCGAUUCCACAAGAUCCUGUCUCACUUUGUUCACAGCGGUUGCCUCACGAGGUACGUCCGCACUCUUAAAAGCCGCCUUCUCGUCCAGAGGACACACCGCAAGAUGCAAGUCAGGAGGUACGUUGUCUUGCGACAGUCGAGGUGUCUUAGGAACCGGCAGCCUGUGUUUGUGCCAACAUUAGCUAUGACUCGGAUAGAGGAGCGUGUUGAGAGGCUGCUACAGAAGUCUGAGGAAGAUAAUGAGAUUCUCUUUGAUGAUCAAAGAAAGCUUGUCAGAACUGUCAUUCGUGAGUAUGCUCUGCUGAAAGCUCUGAAGAGAACAGCCUCGGUUAAAUGAAUACUGCAAAUUUCUUCACAAACUUAAAAUAUGCCCAUUUGUAUUACAAGUAAAGUUGUAUCAUUGUACAUAAAUCAUUUCUCUUGAAAAAAAAAAAUUACCCCAAAAUACAAUUCACAUUUUGGGGACUGAAGUGUAUGUUAUAGACCUAAUAGGUAAUUAUUAAUUUUGAUUAAAACAACGCCAUGUGUUGCUGUGAACAAAAAAAAAAUUGCUAAAUGUCUUUGUUUAGCAUAAAAAUGUCUGAAGUUCACGUAAUGGUUUGUAUACUUGCAGACCUAUCAAUAUUAUUUUCAAAAUUCCAUCCCAGUUUCCUUAGAAAAGAGAUGUCAGUCCUCUUAGGGUCAAGGUUCCUUUUUUAGAAUUAAGAGAAGAACAUGUACAUUAAGCAGAUAAGAAAAUGUAGAUUAAAAGUUGACUUCAGCUUGUGUACUUGCUGUUCAUGUAAAAACAAAACUUUAUGGAAAUUUCCAACUUACUGUUCCUGCACUCCCCGUUGCCUUGAAGCUGUUGUUGUUCAGAUAUUUCACUUAUCAAUUUCGGUAAUGGUUUGAAUAAUGUAAUGGGUUUUUUUUUAAGGUUGGUUCAGUGUAGUUGGCAUGUAAGACCGCCCUCUACUUUUGAGCUCAACACUCAAUAUCUGUUUGAUUUAUUUCCCCUGAUUUUGUGGAAAAUGACACUCGCAAAUCAUCCACAAAGAGAAGAAGUUUAUGGUGACUCAAGAUAGACAAUAGAAAGAAAAUUCAUACAAAAAAAUGCUCAGUUUGUUCAAAUUUGUUCAGUAAUCAAAUUAAUUUCCACCAAUUAAGAACAACUACAGAAAUAUAGAACUAGCUGAUUAGCAAUGUAUUCCUACUUACAAAAUUACUUUAAAGGACUCUAUUAAUCACGUCUCAAAUGUUUUUCUGUUAUUAAAAAUCACUGUAAGAUUAUUGAUGUCUACAAAACUUACUGUUGAUUUUAUUGCUAAUGUGUUUCAAAUUGUUAUACUUCAGAUUUAUCAAUUUAAAAAGGCAGUGUACAUAAAUGUUGACCAUUAUGAAUUUUCAAUUUUUGAGGCUUUUGUACAAUUGUUGGCACUUCAUUUCAUGUUAAUCAACCUGAUUUUUAUUUUAUGCUCUUCAUGGCAAACAGUUUGUAGCAAAUAAUGUUUGACUUGUAAUUUGAGUUGCUCUGGUUUAUGGUUAGAUGGUUUUAUUGUUAAUAAUUAUGAAAAGAAUACUUUUUUCCCCCUUUUCAAAAAUAAGGUACCAUGACAUUUGAUGAAUUUGAAGUUAAAGUUGAAAAUUUUGUUACAAUGAAAUCUAGUUUUGAAUUUGUCAUUAUCUACAGAAUGCCUUCAUAACUAAAGUGUGGUUUACUGAAGAUUUGAUACCUGAUUGUAAUCAAUAAUUUGAUAUAAAGCGAUGGAUUGAUCGGUCAAUAAAUGAGCAGUUAAUAAUAAAGCAAUCUUUCAGACA